CAAGACACCAAGUGACUGGAAGUCAGAAGAGAAACAGGGUGAGGAGGGGGCGACGGGCAAAAGGGACCUCACUCGGAAAGGCUGAAGCUCAACUCUGCUUCUCUGUGGUUGCCACCAGGUUCCAACCUCUGUCUGGUCCAUAAGAUCCUCUUGGAGAAGAGGCUUCCAGGAAGCAAACAAGGCAACCAUAUCUAGGAUUCAUGCCCCUUAUUUAACAAUGUUCAGUAAAUGUGCAUGAUGUGCCGAGCAUCCAGGGGACACAGAAGUGAAUUUAAGAUCUUGGAUGCAAACAGCCUGUGAAGACAAGCACAGUGUCACAAAACAGUGUGCUUAGAGUGAUGACAGAAGAACGCGCAUGCAGAAGGGGAGGUUCCUCACGCUGCCUGUGGUCAGGAAGCCUUGAACGCCAGCCUGGCCUGUCACAUAGCCCGUGUAGCCACACCAAGUCUGGAAGGAUGGUUGGAACAGCAAGUCUGGUGGAGGAGCAAGUAGAACGCUCGAGUCUGCCUUCCUCUCCGAAGUAUGGCUGUGUGGUCCCUGUGGAGUCUGCUUCUCUGGGAAGCACUGCUCCCCCCUGAAGUCACCCACGCCCAAGUACAGGGCCAGGUAGGGGGCACGGCGCUGCUGGUGGCCAAUCGCCCAUCCAGCUUCCAAGUCCGAGAGGCCAUCUGGAGGUCUCUGUGGCCGGCAGAAGAGCUCCUGGCCACGUUCUUCCGGGGCUCCCUGGAGACUCUGUACCACUCCCGCUUCCUGGGCCGAGCCCAGCUGCACAGCAACCUCAGCCUGGAGCUGCGGCCCCUGGAGCCUGGAGACAGCGGCAACUUCUCCGUGCUGCUGGUGGACACGGCCGGCCGGGCCUGGACCCAGACCCUGCAGCUCAAGGUGUACGAUGCGGUGCCCAGGCCCGUGGUACAAGUGUUCAUUGCUGUAUCAGGGGAUGCCCAGGCCCCCAAGACCUGCCAAGUGUUCCUGUCCUGUUGGGCCCCCAACAUCAGUGACAUAACCUACAGCUGGCGACGGGAGGGGACUGUUGACCUUGGGAUUGAGCCAAGUGGCCUCUUCACGGAUGGCCCAGCACUGAGGGUUUCCCUGGGACCAGAAGACAAAAGCGUGGCCUAUUCCUGCAUUGUCUCGAACCCUGUCAGCUGGGACUUGGCCACAGUCACCCCCUGGGAGAGCUGCCAUCGCGAGGCAGGUCCAGGGAGGGCCUCCUACAAAGAUGUACUGCUGGUGGUGCUGCCUGUCUUGCUGCUCCUGAUCCUGGCUGGUGUCUCUGCCUGGCACUUGGGCCCCUGCUCAGGGAAAAAAAAGAAGGAUGUCUGUGCUGACGAAGUGGCUCCAGAGGCAGAGAACCCCCUUGUGUAGGGUCUGCCAUGAUGGAGGAUAUAAACUGAUGCUGGGAUUGUGAGGAAUCCCCCUGCCCAGACACAGGAUGCUCUGGGACGUAGCUGGUGACUGGAAUCCACUGUGGACCUCGUGCCUCCCAUGAGAGACCCCUGAACCACCUCCCAGGAGCAGCCGGGGCAGCCGUCACACUGGGAGGACAGUGAACAUCCUCUCCCUGCUUUCUCCCCGUGGUGCAUGUCCUGGCUCUGCUCUGAGCAACGCGGGCCCAACAGAACAUCCCCUCGAGGACACUGGAAGUCCUCUAGGAUCCACAGGGACAUUGAUUGUCCAGGGCACUCACUCCCCCACCACUGUUCAUGAAGUAUUGUUAUGGACUGAUUCAUCCCCUCCUAACUCCCAAUAUCUCAGAAUAUGCCUGUUUGGAGAGGGAGCCUUUAAAAUGAUAAUUAAGGUUAGAUGAGGUCAUUGGGAUGGCCUAAUCCGAUAUGACUGGUGUCCUCAUAAGAAGAGGGCAAGACACCAGGGAGGCAUGCACACACAGGGAAGGGGCCACUGGAGGACAUAAAGAGAAGGAAGCCCUGUGCAGGCCAUGGAGAGAGGCAGGAGAAACCAAACCUGCUGACACCUUGAUCUUGGACUUCCAGCCUCCGGGACUGUAAGAAAAUAAAUUUCUGUGUUUACGUGA